AAAGUCGUUAAUCCUCCCCUGGAUCAUAAAACGCAUUUUCUCUCUUCCUUCUCUUACCCCAAUCUUCCUUCUCUCUCCCUUCUCUCUCUUGCAUUGUUUCAUUCUUUUGGUUGCUAGUUUUGAUAGAUCACUUCUCUCCGCUCUCCCUCUCUUUUUCUGUUUCAAAAACAAGUUUUUAAUAUUCUUUAUUCAUUGCAUUCAUACACAAGCAUUCAUUCAUUCUUGCAUUUCUCAUUUCAUUCUUUAAAGAUGCCUUCCAUGACUGCUUCUCCUCUCAGGGACUCUCUUCCUCGCCGUGUUGGUAUCGAAGUUAACACCAAUGGCCACUCUGCUCCUCACACAAACGGCCAUGCUACAACCACUGCAGCAGACCCUGAGGACCCUAAUUUUGCCAGUCAAAAGCCAUGGCUUGUCCAAAAGUUCGGCGGUACAAGCAUUGGAAAAUUCAUUGAAAACAUCACAGGCACCAUUGUUCAAUCAUAUCUUCCAACGAAUCGAGUCGUUGUUGUUUGCUCAGCAAGAAGCAGCGAAAGCAAGUCACUCGGUACUACGAACAGACUGUUGAGGGCUGCUAAAUCAGCUAUGAGUCCCGGAUCCAUUGAAUAUAUCGAAGUAGUACAAGAGAUUCGACUUGAUCAUCUUGACGUUGCAAAAAAACACAUAUCAAAUCCUGAAAUCCUUAAGCGGGUAAUGGAGGAGGUUAACCAGGACUGCGACCGUCUCAAGGCAUUCUUGGAGGCAGCCCAGAUUAUUGAGGAGAUUUCACCAAGAUCAAAUGACAUUAUUAUGGCAGUAGGCGAAAAGCUAUCAUGCAGAAUUGUUGCCGGUCUGUUAGAGGACCGAGGUGUGGAGACCCAGUUUGUGAAUUUGGAAAAUGUGAUUGAGACCAAAUUCGAAGUUGAAUUUUUGGAUCAGAACUUUUAUGAUUACCUCUCACGUGCAUUUGCAUGUGCCAUAUCCAAUUGUGGCCACCGUGUCCCUGUUGUCACUGGAUUCUUUGGCCCUGUUCCUGGCAGUUUGUUGACCAGUAUUGGCCGUGGUUAUACAGAUCUUGCUGCUGCACUAAUUGCGGUCGGUCUUGAUGCAGAGGAACUGCAGGUUUGGAAGGAGGUGGAUGGUAUCUUCACGGCCGAUCCUCGCAAGGUCAAGAGCGCAAGACUGUUGAACAUCAUCACACCAGAGGAGGCCUCCGAAUUAACGUAUUAUGGCUCUGAGGUCAUUCAUCCAUUCACAAUGGAGCAGGUGAUCCGUGCACAGAUCCCGAUCCGCAUUAAGAAUGUGAUGAAUCCCCAAGGCGAGGGUACAAUUAUCUUUCCGGAUCAAUCUUCGAGUACGAGCACGCCCAACGGCAGGAAUACGCCUCCACCUUCGUACAAGGUCCUGUUAGAAAAUGGCUAUUUAUUAGAUAUGUCACGGCGGCAUCCUACGGCGGUGACCAUCAAAGAUAAUGUCUGGGUGCUGAAUAUUCAUUCGAAUCGCAAGUCGGUUUCGCAUGGGUUUUUUGCUCAAAUUUUUAGUACGUUGGAUCGAUUUGGUAUUGCAGUUGAUCUGAUCUCAACGUCCGAGGUUCAUAUUUCAAUGGCGUUUGGUGCAGUGACGAGUGAGAUUGAGAAGAAGUGUAUAGAAUCAUUGCGGUCGAUUGGUACAGUUGAUGUGACGAAGAAUAUGGCGAUCUUAUCGUUAGUUGGCAAGCAAAUGAAGAACAUGGUGGGAAUAUCAGGCAGAAUGUUCACGACGUUAGCAAAAGCGGGGAUCAACAUUGAGAUGAUCUCCCAAGGCGCUUCUGAGAUCAACAUCUCGUGCGUGAUUUUGGAGCGGCAAGCUCUAGAUGCCUUGAACGUCAUUCAUGAAGAGUUACUGAGCAAAGUUGGAAAAUACGAAGAGGCAGAAGACGAUUCGUAA